UCGCUGGUGCCGAAUGUCAAAAUUUAUAAAAAAAAAAUAAUAAUGAAGUGGAAUUAUAUUUUUGCUUCAUGUUUUAUCGCAGCUCUGCUGCUAGAUCAGACUUCCGCGGGUCGAUGGGGUUCUAGAUCUAGAACAAGAACAUCAUCAAGAUCUUCCGGAUCAUCAAGAUCUCCAAGUCCUCCAGGAUCUCCAAGCAGACAUCGUCCCUCAAGUACUGAAGUCACGCAUUACGACCCUGCUAACUCUCACUUUUCAAGACCACAAUCACCACCCCCAGGAUCAUCACCAUCAUCAGCUGGAUCUUCAAGACGAUCAUCUCAUGUUCCACUUUCUCAUUCAUCAUCAACAUCAUCUGGAUACUUUUCAUCAAAUUCCCCACACUCACCCCAUCCACCCGGAACUUCGUCACCUUCUCCAGCUUCAAUGAAUCCAUUCCAAAGGAUGCAGUCUGCCAGUCACAGACAAAAUUCCCCUCCCAGACCAUCUUCACAUCCCGACCCCAGUUCCCAAUCUCUCCCCCGCGGGAUUAAACCGUCCAGUAGACCAACUUCCCCCUCACGACAUCACAACACAGCCGAUCAUCAGCACGAAACUGAACCACAUGGACUCCAUUCUAGGCCACGUUCCGUUAAAAAACGAGAUCCGUCCCGUUCCUUGAAUGCCGUCGAGGCGCUAGAAUUUGAGGCCUCUCUCGUUAAAUCUUUUGCUGUGACCCACAAAGAAGUCAUUUCCAAAGACAAAAAUAUCAAGGGCUCGGAAAAAAAACAGAAACAACUUGUUCUUAAAAAAGUGAACCAGAAGGUGCUCGACAACGAGAGUAAAAAAAAAAAAGCCGAAGAAGAAACGCCAGUUAAGCGCAAAACUCUGGAUGACGUUUCGCUAGUGAGGGAUAAAAAUAAAAAAUGUGGGCAUCAGGGAUCGACGACUGAAAGUUGCUUCGAUUUUUACACAUUUACUAUGACUUGGGCGCCAGCAAGUGUUCGAUCCGCGCGGAAACUUAAGACUGGGAACGUGCCGAAAGAAGAUGAAUGGAUAGUCCACGGAUUGUGGCCGAAUGUCAAGGGUAAUUUACCUGCCCCUCCGAAGGCAUGUGAUGUCCAGAAAAUGCACUUCGAUCUUCGUAAAUUGCAAGGGAUAAAACGAGUAUUGCAUGAACGUUGGUACUCAGUUGUGUCAGAUAAUGAAGUCUUUUGGGAACAUGAAUGGGAGAAACAUGGGGCGUGUGCUGCACGUUCGAUAUUUAUUAAUGACAUUGAGGGUUACUUCAAAAAGGGAAUUAGUUUGGGUAAAACAAUUAAAUUUAAAGAAAUUUUGCAUCAAGCAGGUUUUGGUCCUGGGUCUACAAUGACUUUACAACAGAUAUAUGAUACUAUUUCUCAUCAUUAUGGCACGCCAGAAAUUACAACUUGGAAAGACGUGACUCAGGCAGAUGACAUAACAUAUUUGAAAGAAAUAAGAGUAUGUUUAAAUCAUCGGUUCAAAUACAUGAGCUGCCCAAUGAAGCCUCCACAUCCCGACGUUCUGGCUCAAGAAAUUUCUUAUUUGUCUAUUACUGAAGCGCCUUAAUUAACAAUAAAUAAAAAUUCUGAGUCUACAAUCAAAGGCUACGACAUUUAAUUAUUUCAUAAAAAAAAAAAUAUCAUUCUUCUGGUAAAUGUUGACAAUAAAAUUCUAACACUAAACCUUCACAGUAAAUUUUUUUUAUCUAUAGGUAAUUAUCCAGUGACGAUUAAUUUUUUUAU